CUGGGAACGGACUGCGCGGCGGGGCGGAGCGGUGAGUGGUGCCGGCACGUCCCGGCGCCGGGAUGCUUCUGGGGGCCUCGAGACCCCCGCGAGGGCCGAGAAGGACUGUAGCUCUGCGCAGACUUAGUGUCCACCCUCUGCUCGAGGAUGAAUCUCCCAAGUUGCAGGCGGCUGCGCGGCCCGGCGUGAGAGCUCCGGCCCCCGUCGCGGAGGGCUGUGCCUCCGAGGGAGCUGCGGGCUGAGGACCGAGGCCCCGGGACCUGGACCUCGGAACCGGGUCUCGGAAGUCCGGGGUGGUUACCGCACCCCUCCGGUGUUUACAAUGGCUGCUACUGUGAACUUGGAACUUGAUCCCAUUUUUUUAAAAGCUCUAGGUUUCUUACAUUCAAAGAGUAAAGAUUCUGCUGAAAAGCUAAAAGCAUUGCUUGAUGAAUCAUUGGCUCGGGGCAUCGACUCGGGUUACCGUCCAACUCAAAAGGAUGUAGAGCCACCAAAAAUUUCAAGCACAAAAUCUAUUUCUAUUAAACAAGAGCCUAAAACAGCAUCCACUCUUCCUUCUGGCAAUAAUAAUGGCAAAGUCCUCACGGCUGAAAAAGUAAAGAAGGAAGCUGAAAAGAGACCUGCUGAUAAAAUGAAAUCAGAAAUUACGGAAGGAGGUGACAUUCCAAAGAAACCUAGAUUGGAGAAACCAGAUACUCGAACCUCCCCCAUCACUGUCCAAACCAGCAAGGAUUUGGCUAUGGCUGACCUUUCUAGUUUUGAAGAGACUAGUGCUGAUGAUUUUGCCAUGGAAAUGGGCUUGGCCUGUGUAGUUUGUAGACAAAUGACAGUGGCAUCUGGUAAUCAAUUAGUAGAAUGUCAGGAGUGUCAUAAUCUCUACCACCAAGAUUGCCAUAAACCCCAAGUAACAGACAAAGAAGUGAAUGACCCUCGCCUGGUAUGGUAUUGUGCCCGAUGUACCAGACAAAUGAAAAGAAUGGCUCAAAAAUCUCAGAAGCCACCACAGAAACCAGCCCCCACAGUUGUUUCUGUAGCUCCAGCUGUCAAGGAUCCAUUGGUUAAGAAGCCAGAAACUAAACUAAAGCAGGAAACAACUUUCUUAGCCUUCAAGAGAACAGAAGUCAAGCCAUCCACAGUUAUUUCGGGAAACUCUUCUAGUAACAAUGUUUCCUCUUCAGUAACUAGUGGCCUAACUGGAUGGGCUGCCUUUGCAGCCAAAACUUCUUCUGCUGGUCCCUCAACAGCAAAAUUGAGUUCAACAACACAAAACAAUAGUGGGAAACCUACUACCUCUUCAGCUAACCAGAAGCCUGUGGGCUUGACUGGUCUGGCAACAACAUCGAAAGGUGGAAUAGGUUCCAAAAUAGGUUCUGGUAAUAGCACCACACCCACUGUACCAUUGAAACCACUUCCACCGCUAACCUUAGGCAAAACUGGCCUGAGUCGCUCAGUUAGUUGUGACAAUGUCAGCAAAGUAGGUCUUCCUAGUCCUAGUAGUUUAGUUCCAGGAAGCAGCAGCCAACUAAGUGGGAAUGGAAAUAGUGGUACUUCAGGCCCCAGUGGAAGCACCACUAGCAAAACCACUUCAGACUCAAGCAGCACUCCCUCAGUAUCCCUUAAAGGCCCAACUUCUCAAGAAUCACAGCUCAAUGCCAUGAAGCGAUUGCAAAUGGUCAAGAAGAAGGCGGCCCAAAAGAAACUCAAGAAGUAGUGUAGCCAAGUAGGUUUUUAUAUCAAUCAUCUACUUUAGUGGUUUAAAAAAAAAAGCAAUUAUUGUUAAAACAUGAACACAAUUUAAUAAAAAAAAUCUUGAGAAUCAAAGUUCUAUUGUUUCUUCACGAUGCUAAAUAUUAUUUAGUCAAACUUGGAAUCUUUCUUAUUAAAGAUCUAACAUUUUUGUUAAAAUGACUGAUUCUUGAUGAGACCUACAGAAGACUGAUAAUAUAUGCAACUUUAAAAGACAUUGUUCAUCUAGAAAAUCGCCCCAAGAGUCGAUCCUGCUGAAUGAGGUGCCUUACAGGGAUGAUCCAACAUAAGGAUUUCUUUUAAUGCUUUCCUUCCAAUAUUCUGAGUGUUCUGGUUCAAUCAUCAUCACCCUCUUGGGAACUAAUUCUAUCUCUUCAAUUAUUUUGUCUUUUUUCAAAAUUUUUGUGAUUGAUUUCUCAUUCCCUGUAUGUAUAUUAAAGUUUAAAAUCACUUCACAUCACUUUGUGUAAGAAUUGAUCUCUUCCAACAGAUUGUGCGUUCUCAUGCCUCUUUAAGGCCCCUUUUCUCAUGUGUCCACAUUUCCCCACAUUACCAAUGGAAUAUAUGCUAGUAGUAUAUAUUCAAUAAAAGCAGAAUUUUGACUCGA